AUGAGUACGAAAGAAGGCAUAAAUUUAUCGACAAACAUCCAGAAUAGUAAAUCUGAUACAACUGCAAAUUUGACUAAUUACUACCCAAAUGUUGAUACAUCAAUAUGGAUGCGUUCGUGUGAACAAGAAGUAAUAAAACCCAUUAUCGGUACGAUUUCCGGUCAACUUCCCAACUGGUUAAAGGGAACACUUCUAAGAAAUGGACCUGGCUGUCUCAAAGUUGGUAAAUACAGAUUUGAUCAUCUGUUUGACAGUUCUGCUUUACUCCAUAGAUUUGAAAUAAAUAAUGGAAAUGUGACAUAUCAAAGUCGUUUCAUUCAAACUGAUGUGUACAAAAAAAACCAUGCCGCUAAAAGGAUUGUCAUUACAGAAUUUGGCACAAAAUCUGUUCCUGAUCCUUGUCAAAGUAUAUUUGAGAGAGUUGCUUCUAUAUUUAAUCCAACAGAAAGUUUAUCCGAUAAUUCAAUGAUAUCUGUUUAUCCGUUUGGUGAUGAAUAUUAUACAUUUACUGAAUCCCCUGUUAUACAUCGUAUUGAUCCGAAAUCGCUGGAAACCUUAGAGAAGGUAAAUAUCGGAGAAUUUAUAAGUAUAGUGAGUCAUACAUCCCAUCCACAUAUAAUGAAUGAUGGAACUGUGUAUAAUUUGGGGAUGAGAGUAACAAAAAGAGGUCCAGCCUAUAUCAUUGUAAAGUUUUCACCUAAUAAUUUUAUAAAUAUUAAUAGAAUAAAAAAAAAAAAAUUAUCCAUGUUCGAUAAAGCUGAGAUAGUUUCAACACUUCAAUCAAGAUGGAUUUUAAAUCCGUCUUAUAUGCAUACAUUUGGAAUUACUCAGAAUUAUUUUAUUAUUGUUGAGCAGCCAUUAGCUAUUGCAUUAAUGUCCUUGGUGACUUGUCAAAUAAAAAAUCAACCAAUGUGUACUUGUUUAAAGUGGUAUGAAAAUGAAUAUACUCAUAUCAAUAUUAUUUCUCGUAAUACAGGAAAAAUCGUGAAAACUUUUCUUGCUGAGGCCUUCUUUUACUUACACAUAAUAAAUCAAUAUGAAACAGGAGAUGGUAAUUAUGUAGUUUUGGAUAUAUGUUGCUACCGUGAUGCUAAAAUGUUAGAUUGUAUGUACAUCGAUAGAAUGCAGAAUAUGCAUAAAAAUCCAAAUUAUUCCACACUUUUUCGAGGACGACCCCUUAGGUUUGUUUUACCCUUGAAAGAACCAUCAAGUAAUAUUUCGUCUGAUUUUAACUUAAUUACUAUCCAUAACGUAUACGAAACAUUAGAUACUGUAAAUGAUCAUCUCAAUGCUAAAAAGUUGUCGAGGGACAGUAAAGUUUUUAAUAAUAAUAAUAAUAACAGCAAAAUUAAUUUUCUUAAAAAAAAAGCAGCAGCUUUUAAACUACCAAAUGGUAAAAUCUUUGUAAAGCCAGAAUUACUAUGUGAUUUAGGAUGCGAAACACCUCGCAUUAAUUAUCAAUCGAAUUUUGGAAAAGAAUAUCGAUAUUUUUAUGGAAUAUCUAGUGAUGUCGAUAUUGAAAAUCCUGGAUCGAUUAUCAAAGUGGAUAUAAAACAAAAAACUAAAUUGGUUUGGUAUGAGAAAGGAGUAUAUCCUAGUGAACCAAUAUUUGUACCAGAUCCAAAUGGAAAUAAUGAAGAUGAUGGAAUCGUUCUUAGUGCACUCGUUUGGGGUCAAGAACGCGAAUCAGAAGUUGCACUAUUAAUUUUAAAUGCUAUCACCUUCAACGAAAUUGCACGUGUCACAUUUAAAACACCUGGUCCAGUGCCAAAGUGUUUACAUGGAUGGUUCAGUAGUAUUGUUUCUUAAAUGUCUGAUUUCUUAUGAAAAAUAAUUUUCUUUACAAAUAUCUAGUUUUUAGAAUCCUAAAUAAUUAC